CGAAGUCGAGGUCGCCCUACAGCACCUGUACUGUGCACGAUCGUGGAAAAACAGUCCCUAUACUUUCACGAAAGCCUUUGGGGACUCUCCCUGGAGAUUCUAGAAUUGUUCUGUCUUUGACACCGUGGGCGUGCGACUAGGUAUCAUCAAAUAUCGACAUGAACACAUUUGUGGCUCCCCAAAAUCUAGACACUGUUGUGGAAAAGUUGGCGGAUGAAGCGGUCGAUGAUGAAUGCGACAUCUUAACAGUCAAGCAAGUUGCAGAGUUUGCCGUCACUGUACAACGCAUGGGGGAACCAAAGAGAUGUGAGAGUACAACGACAGUCGCUUCCAGUGACUCUUCCCAAAGCAGUAGUACUAGUGGGGAUCGCGUCAUGCGACUUCCUACUAGAAACGCUUCGUUUCGUCUCCGUGGCAGCCGCUCGGAUCAGCUUCGUCCAAUGCCUGCUGUCCCAGAACGUUCGCAGAGCAUGCGAUUGAGCUCGAGCAGUGCCAACGGCCGUUCUGCUGUAGGAAGUCUCUUGAUGCAGAACGACGUGGGUCCGUUGAGCCGAAUGAGUGGUAUUCGCCAGCCUCCUCAACGCACGGUAAGUUCCCGCAAUGGAACGCUUCCUCGCAUCCCGGCGCGGACAAUGAGUACCGAUUCGGCUCUCCGGGGUGUUCCCAGGCCGACGACCUCGAGCUUGCGUGGUGAAUGUCGUGAUCCUCGGAUAAACAUACAGCUAGAGCGCAAAGAAAGUACGCAUUCUUUGAUGCGGGGAGGUUUGCAGCGUAGCAAGAGCGGAGUCGUGCUUGGGGUACAGCGCAACGAAAGCGCAAACUCUCUCAUUUCGGUGGAUACCACAAGCGGUAUGGACUCGUGUUGGACCAUGGACUCUGUAAAUUUGCGCAAGACGCAGCUUAUUGCCGACCCUCUCGAGGCCGGCACCUACCACAGUCUAGAUGAAAGUUUUGCUAAUCACGAAGACUCCAUGUCGAACUAUUCCAUGAACCCAAGCAGCACCCUAAUUGAGUACGUUGAGUACCGUCCAGCGCAAGGGCUAACCGAAUACGAUGGUGAAUCCGUUUGCACCAUGGAAGAUUUGGGACUUCAGAAUUUGGACCUGAAUGGUAUGGUGGAUCAAGGGUGCGAUGUCAGCUUCUUUUCGCAGGAAUCUGGCGAUCUUAGUGACUCUGAAUUUGGUGAGGUUGGGGAAAACAAGCUCGCUUAGAGAUAAUUGCUGAUUGUGGCACGGCUUUAGAUUCAACUAGUAGUCUAGUUC